GGCAGAGCUCAAUGCGAAGCAAAAGUGAGUGUAACAAUGGCUGAGAAAAUGAAAACUCACUACUUUCCUCUCUUUUCAUUCUUUUUCUUCUUCUUCUUAAUCUCCAUCAACGCCAAACUUGAUCUCUACCCUUCAGACUACAAGGCACUCCUCACUCUGCAGAAGGACCUCCGAGUCAACGGUCAACUCGCGGCGGCAACUGAGGCGUGCGAAACGGAGGGCGUGCUCUGCGAGCGGAGGCGGCUCUCCGGCAAGGAAACCUACGCGCUCCGAAUCACCAGACUCGUCUUCAAAUCGAACAACCUAAAUGGUGUUUUGUCUCCUUCCAUCGGACGCCUCACGGAGCUCAAGGAACUCUCUCUCUCCGACAACCAACUCGUUGACCGAGUCCCUCCCCAAAUCGUUGACUGCCGAAAGCUCGAAAUCCUCGACCUCGCCAACAACAUCUUCUCCGGCGAGGUCCCCUCCGAGCUCUCCUCCCUCACGCGCCUCCGCGUGCUGGACCUCUCCACCAACAGGCUCUCCGGCAACCUUAAUUUUCUCAAAUACUUUCCCAAUUUGGAAACUCUUUCAGUAGCCGACAACCUCUUCACCGGAAGAGUCCCUCCCUCGGUCCGCUCCUUCCGGAACCUACGACACUUUAAUUUCUCCGGCAACCGCUUCCUCGACCCCUCUCUACAAUCAUCCUCACCAGACACAAUUCUCUCUAGACGUUUUCUAUCUGAAGACGGUGAUGGUGAUGUUCCUGCACCUGCUCCUGCACCUAAUAACUCACAGAAGAAGAAAUCCAAUGCUUCUACUCAUGCUGCUGCUGCUGCACCUGGUCCUGCACCUAACCAUACCAAUAAGCACAAGCACAGUAAGAGAAAACUCUUGGGGUGGAUUCUGGGGUUUGUAGCAGGGGCACUGGGGGGAACCUUAUCAGGAUUCGUGUUUUCUUUGAUGUUCAAGCUCGCUCUCGCGUUGAUCAAAGGAAGAGGAAGGAAAGCGGGGCCUGAUAUCUAUAGUCCAUUGAUCAAGAAAGCAGAAGAUUUGGCCUUCUUGGAAAAAGAAGAAGGAAUCGCGUCGUUGGAGAUCAUCGGGCGCGGUGGCUGUGGAGAGGUCUACAAGGCAGAGUUACCGGGAAGCAACGGGAAAAUGAUCGCUAUAAAGAAAAUCGUUCAGCCUCCGAAAGACGGUGCUGAGUUAGCAGAAGAGGACAGCAAGGUUCUGAACAAGAAAAUGAGGCAAAUUCGAUCGGAGAUCAACACCGUGGGACAAAUUAGACACAGAAACCUUCUGCCUCUGCUGGCGCACGUGUCUAGACCGGAAUGUCACUACCUUGUGUACGAGUUCAUGAAAAAUGGAAGCUUGCAAGACACUCUGAGCAAGGUCGAGAGGGGCGAGAGCGAGUUGGAUUGGUUGUCAAGGCACAAGAUCUCCCUCGGUGUGGCUGCUGGGCUUGAAUACCUUCACAUGAAUCACAACCCACGAAUCAUUCAUAGAGAUCUCAAGCCUGCUAAUAUCCUUCUUGACGAUGACAUGGAGGCAAGAAUUGCUGAUUUUGGACUCGCCAAGGCUAUGCCCGAUUACAAGACUCACAUAACAACCUCCAAUGUGGCUGGCACUGUGGGCUAUAUUGCUCCUGAGUAUCAUCAGAUACUCAAGUUCACUGAUAAGUGUGAUAUUUACAGUUAUGGAGUGAUUCUUGGUGUAUUGGUCAUUGGUAAGCUUCCUUCUGAUGAUUUCUUUCAGCACACUGAAGAGAUGAGUUUGGUCAAGUGGAUGAGGAAGACUUUAAGCUCCGAGAAUCCCAAGGAGGCAAUUAAUUCAAAGCUGCUGGGGAAUGGGUAUGAGGAGCAGAUGCUUCUUGUUUUGAAGAUUGCAUGCUUUUGCACUAUGGAUGAUCCCAAGGAGAGGCCUAACAGUAAGGAUGUUAGGUGCAUGCUGUCACAGAUCAAACACUGAAUCUGCUGUAUGUUUAAGUAUGUGAAAUAUUGUGUACCAUAUUUGUGCCAAAGUGUGCUUGUUUAAGAAUAUAGUUGAUAACUAGAGGAUCAAUGUUGGUUCAUAGGGUAAAUAAUGAACCGAUGUAAUCUUGUUUCCUUUAUCACGGAUUGCUGAAUUUCUUUGGAAAAAGAAAAAUUCAGCACUGCGAUGAUCUAUGUAUAAUCUAGUCUGUCACAACUAGUUUCCACUUUACAUGUUUAUGGAUACACCCUGAAAAUAAAAUAGUUUUACGUUGUUUCCAUUGUUCUUA